GACAUAAGGUUAAGUAUGCUUCCGUAUAUUUUUUUUUCGUUAUGUUAAUUUAGCUCUCUGAUGACAUCUGACAUAGAAAUAUCAUCACGAUUACUCAUUCUUUCAUUUGUACAUGUGCCGCUAGGAUCAGGAGUACAAGUUGAAAUCACAAAUAUUGCAGCUAGGAUGGGAAUGAAAGUUGAUGCUGGACAUCCAUGAUAUCAGUCGUGCAGGACAUCACUUUAUUAUUAGUUUUGUCGAUUUGAUUAACGUAUUUGCCUGACUGAGAGCUGAGGUGAGCCAGCACCACUCACAUCGCCAGCGCAGCCCCAUUGAUUGCUGCUGUUUCCCCUGACCCCUGUGCACAUCAAUCCUGGAGUACCGGAGUCCUGAUCCUGUGACUGUUCUGUGUUCGAGAGAGUGCCAUUUGCUGAUCAUCUUCACAUGAACCAUACAAUAGUCAUCACCAUUAUAUCCAAAAACUAUUCAAUAAUCGUGUGACCUAUCCUUCUUGCUCGCUUGGACCUGGGACCGCCAUUCACCAUAGGUGACUACAGAGAACUCAACAUGAUGGAAACGGAGACCACAGUAACCACGCGGGUCUUCAGGCCGUUCAAGAUCACCGCGCUCGUCCUUUGCGUCAUCGCUGCGGUAGGGAGCGUGGCGUCUAUCGCGAACAAAGCCUGGGUGGUGUCUGCGAGUUACGAGCAGGGUCUGUGGCAGGAGUGUUAUAACGGCUCCAGGACCAUUACUCCAGGGCAACCUCUUCCGACCAACCAACCCAUGAUGUGUCAUUCAGCAAUGCCUUCAGCAUGGUUGACCUCAGCUAGAGCCUUUGCCCUAGUAGCUCUUGUCAUCCUAGUCAUUGCUAUCUUAACUGCCAUCAUCUCAUUUAUCAAGGGUCAACAGUUCUCAAGACUCUUCAUCGUUGCUGGAGUUUUGGUACUAUUGGCUGCCAUGUGCCAGCUUAUUCCUCUCAUCAUCUUCCCCACCAAGUUCAUCGCCGAGGAUGUGAUCUUUGGUCGGACAAACUUCGACCUUCACUGGGGUUGGGGUCUGGGCCUGGGUGUCUUUUUCAUUGAGGUCGCAGCAGGCAUCGUCUUUAUCGUCGCCCCCGACACGCAGGAGAUACACUAUAGCGAGAAGACUGUUUAUACUAAUGGAGGUACCAUGGAAUGAUGACACUGGUGAAGCAUGAGGUAAUUGAUGAACUGAAUUUUUUAAGAUCAGUCAACUUCGUUGGACAAACGUCCAUCAUUCUGCCCACCCUAAAACACAUUUCAAAGCGAUGUCAGCUCGGCAUGAAGGUUUUGUUAUGCAGACACUCUGCUAUUGGCUCUCCUCUUACGAUAAUUAUUAUUGUGUUAAAUUAGGAUGGAGGUCCGAUGUCCAAUAAGCAGAUAAAAGAUACUCUUUUCUCCAGGGUUUUCUCAACACACAUGCAUCACAUAGGAGAGAAAAAUCAUGAAGGCUUAUACUGUGUAAUAUUGUCUGAUAUUACUUUCAAAUGAUUUAGAAAUAUUGCUUGCAAACUGCAAAGUUCUUGAGAUUGCUGUCUUUGUCUGGACAAACAACCUAUUCACCCCAUCCAAACAACAACAUUUUCGUACAAACAUGAAUCAUAAAUAAUAAAUUGUUUGCAGAAACUGCUAAGAAAGGUUACGUGAUUGCAUUCCAUUGUGCAUCAUACUCCGCAGUUUGACCCAGGAAGUUAGAGGUCAACUUGGAGUGUACGUAAUGCAUGUUUGAAUCACAAGCAGGCCACUACAGUGACCUGACAUCAAUAUUUUUUUUUGUUCUAUCAGCAAUCUACAUGUAGUAUGGUGUCUUCAAAUCCAUUAUCAGUGAUCGUGAUUCUUUAGAAUGGCAUUUCAAAACAAAUCUAUUUAAGUGUUUUUGCGUUUGAUCUUUACUAGUCAUUCCUUUUUUUAAUAUGACUAAUGAAAAUUUGAGGACACUAUAGAUGUCUAAGAAUUGUGAUUGAAAUCCCUUUUUAGUUUAAUGAGCAAUCAUGAUUGCGUAGAAUCAGGUUUUUAAAAUGCACCUGUACAAUGUUUCGUGUUCAUUUUCAUGACCGACAGAAAAUGUUAGGAACUGAGGGUGAGUUAGGCCGUGUUUAUGCUUCCACUUUUCAGGCCAGAAUCAGCGUUUCCAAACGUGAUUAGUCCAAAACACGGUUGCGUCCAUGCUUACUUUCAUUUAAACGCUGUUUCAAAACACCGAUCGUAAACUCACAAAAAGGUGCGUUUGUAAACGUUGUUUGACCAGAAUCAGGCUUUCUGGGGAAGUAUAAACAGAACCACGAUCGUAAACGUGUUUAAAUGACGUCAUUUGGUACAUGCUUCCGGUGAGAUGAAAAUCCGCGGGCAGAUACAGACGCAUUGCUCCAUGGUCGCAUGUUACCUCCACGGAAUUACCUCUCAUCUCCCUUGUUUUGCUUUAGUACUAUUUUGUCAUCACGAUGAACGUUGAGGGAUUUACACCAAAAAAUAACCUGGAACAUGAGUUAUAAUGAGGAGACAUCGCAACAUGCCCCUGUAGCAUAAACAAAUAGAUAUUUUAUUAUUUUGUAUACUUAAUAUUCUUUAUAUUUUCUUACUAUUAUCCUCACCAUGGUGGAAAUUAUAUGGCUAUAUCAAGAAGCUCCAUGCAAUGACUAAAAUAUCAGAAAUUGUUCGAUGUUUAUAUAACAGUCGACGUACCUUCCCCAUAACAACACUCCGAAAAAAAAACUUUCGAAAAAGGGCGCGCCCAAUUUGACCUCGCUUUCAUGCUCAACGAAAAUUACGAUGCGAAGCCAGCUGGAGAUCGUGAUUUCGCCUCUGAAAAGUUAAGCAUAAACAGCACUCCCAGAACCACGUUUACGAUCGGCGUUUGAAAACGCUGAUUCUGUCCUCGCAAUGGAAGCAUAAACACACCCUUAUUUAAAUCCAAAGAUGUGAUACUGAUAACGUUUUCUUAAAAAUUAUUUUGUUAUCAGUCAUUGAUAAGAAAGCAUAACCUUUGCACCAGCAGCUACUCAUUCUAAAAGUAUGACACGGUACAAUAUCUAAAACUUGACAGUUUAUAAAUACACAUGCCGUGUACUGUUAACAUUUAAACAUGUAGUUCAGUGACCAUUCUUUCUAUUUCAAUGUGUUGAUGAAGAGCGUGGAACGAUAAAAAGCAAGAACAUGUACCAUACAAUACAUGAACCUGCCAACUAAAUCUGGGAAAAAAAAAUGUCUGAAGGAGAAAGAAUGGAAAGGCCCAGUUUACUCUAGCCAGGCCCUUAUUUUGGGAAGAAACUGGUCUGUCUUUAAUGAAAAUGCAACUUAAAAUGCAUUCAUAUUCAAUCUGCGGAGUGCUCAAGGCGGUAAUUGUCAUUGUUAACCUGGCUGUAGCCGGCAACCUUCAAGAGGCACCUGUCAGGCAUAUCAAAGGAUGCACAGUUACUCAGGAAUUUGGAUAUUAUUUUGAAAUUCAUAUUCUCAAAAAAAAUUUGAAGGGUUAAUAGGCAUUUGUAUUUUAGCGCAUUUCUCAGCAUUACGCUUGACUUAUUUUUCUGUACUCAUUCAGAAACAAUUUUUUUUUUUUUUGGGGGGGGGGUUGGAGUAAACUUCCCCUUUAAGAAUGUACCCAUGUAAGUUCCCCCAAGUGAGUCAACCAACACAAUGAUCACUGAGAUAUACAUGUGUCUCUAUGGAAUGAUUUGUAGCUAGGACAAAGUCAGUCAUAAUAGAAGACUUAUCACAAAGGUCAAGUAUGUCUUGUUUAUGUACACAUGCUAGUCUUAUUCAUGAGCUUCAUGUGAUAUUCCUAUACCAGUCAACCCAUAGUAACGUACAUGUAGUCUUAAUUAUUCACAGCCUUACUGUGGCUUUCCAAAAAGAUGAUAUUUACUGUAACCGUCAAGUAAAUUUAAAUUAUUUUUAUAGGUCUCCAUGGUUACUCUGACACCCAAUAAAUUUUUAAUCCAUACUACUUUCUUAUUAUAAUUAUAAAGGUAAAGCCAAUUUAUAGGUAGAUGCAUGUUUACAAAGUUUGAGAAGUUCACAUAUGAUAAACUCUAAACAGUACACCGACAUGCUACAUAGUACAGAUACAGAUCAUUUAACAUUAUGUCAACUGAAGGGGUGGUCUUUGUUUAUGAAACAAUUCAUCUGUGAGAAUCUAAUCUUUACAUGUCCACAUGUAACUCACUAGAAUACCGAUAGUUCAAGGAUUUGCUUUCAUUUCCUGCAAAGCAUUCAUUAAUUCUUAGUAUUUGUGGAAUUAUUAGUACACUGUGUUUAGGAAUAUUGGGAGUGAUGAUAUUCGCAUGUCAUGUGGGCAGUUCAUGUUUUAAGGGCACUAUAUAUUUGUGCUUAAAGACCAUGAAGACAAAUACUUUAAAAAAUGGAUUUCAUCUGAUACAUAAGUAACUUUGAAUAUGUUUGACAGAUGAAUUUCCUUGUUUUAUGUCAGACAGUACUUUUGUAUAUCUUCUACAUUUUUCAAGUAUGUAUAAUUUCUUCCAAAUUCCUUUUUGAUAAAAUUACUCUGGAGAGUCAUUUUUCAAUAUCGUCAUGUUGAUGCAAGAAUGCCUUUAAAAGCAUAAAUUGCAUUUUUGCGCACUGCAUUGGUGCAGAAACGCCCUUAUGCAUGCUGCUAAGGGCGUUUUUGCGCACAUACCAUGCGCAAAUGUGUGGUGUGAAGGGUGUUCUUGCACCAACACAAUAUAUAUAUAUAUAUUUUUUGGGCUUUACCUUUAUUCUUUAAAAUUGAUUCUCCAUCCCUUAUUCUUAUGUACAAAUCCCUUUCCCCAUGUUCUGUUAAACCCCUCAAAUAUUUGAGAGAGUUUUAAGCAGUAACAUAUUAUUUUUAAACUUUUCACUUUAUUUUACUAUUGUGUGACCAAUUUUGAUGGCAAAAUGUAAUUCUGCAAUAAGGAUUUAUCUGUAGAUUUUUUGUAAAUAUUUGCAAAGUUGACAUCUUCCUGCAAAGCCUUUUGCUUUUAAGUCUUAUUUAUUAUUCACAAAUCCAGUGUUAAACACAGUGUACUUGUAUUGUACAUAAUUUUGCUGUAUUCAAUAUCUAAUGGCAUUUCCCCCUUACAAGUAUUCAUUUUUAGAAUCACUGAAAUAAAAUUUCAUGAAUAUGUACAUGUAGUUGUCAUUGAAAAUGUGCUUAGCCGUAGUUGUAGAUAUUUUAAGGAAAACAAAAUCAAGUACUAAUGUAGCUUUGUAUUCAGAAAGGUAUGUUCAUGGUAGUCUAUUUUCCCAUUUUACAUAUUUUUGUUAGGUCCCAAUAUUAAAUGCUACUGUACAAAAUGUGUUAAAAUUUUCAAAUUGUAAUUGUAAAUUUACUUACAUGUAUUUGUGAUAUUUCAGUGGGCAAGGGGAGCAAGUAUACAUACAAAAGCUUAAUUUGUAGCAUUUUGACUACGGUAACUUUUAUAC